AUGUUGGUGCACAUUAAGGACGUCGGAACAAUCGACGGAGUCCGUCGGGAGCUGUUCAACGAGGUCGAUGGAGGACAAAUCGAGGUUGCACCAGACAAUACACCAAAUGUCCAGGACCCAUUCGGAGCUUAUGAUGAUAACAAUGUAGUAUCUGCUGAUAACGAGAAGCUUCUUUUCGUUCCAAAACCAUACCGUCCAGGAGGUGAUAAGAAGGAGCCAAAGAAGACUACCCAAGCGCAAACGACGACGCCAAGAACUACCAGGUGGGGACCACCAGCCACCACAAUCAGAACCAUCCCAUUCGUGCAGACCACCCCAGCCACCUUUGCCACUCUUCCACCAGCACCUUACCCGCCCACCACCAGUCCAACAACCAUUCAUCCCUCAAACCGUCGCCACCAUCGCUCCAUCCUUUGUCCGUCCACCAGCACCAACUGCUCCGCCACGUGUCAUCGCUCCACAACAACCACAACCAAUCCGUCCAAUUCAACCAUUCCAACCACAACCAUUCCGUCCACAGCCACAAACCUUCCAGCCAAGACCACAACCAGUGUUCACCCCAGCUCCAUUCACACAGCCACCAUUCCGACCACAGCCAACGUUUGCCACGUGAGUUUCUGUCUACGCCCACCACAGCCACCACCAGCACCAACCACACCGGCGCCUCGAUUCCCACCACAAUCUGGACAGAACCUUCGCUCUGGACAGUGUCCAGCGUCCAUUUUCUACAUCUCCACACCAAUCAGUGGACCAUCGAGACUCACCUUCACUCAUUUCGCCGUCGCUGUUACCGUUGAUCAGUGCGCUAGAACUUGUCACGAGUUCAAUUGUGCUAUUGCUCACUACAACCCACUGAACGGACACUGCGAAUUCAACCCAUCGACAGCGUUCGCUAUUAGAAACGGACAAUGCCCAGCAUGGCCAUCACUUCACUAUAGAAAUAAUGUUGUUGCCAAUGAACCAGUCAGAAUCUUCUGCGUCACUUGCCAGAGACCCAGAAGACGUCCGGCUGGAAGACGUCCAUUCAGAGGGCAGGCAAGACGAGGACAGCGAUUGGGCAGAAAGACACCAAUCGUCCACACUCCAGUCUCGCCAGUUUCUGAAGCUCAAGCGACCCAACCAAAGCAACGUCAACUUCGUGAAACUGAAAUUCAAGCUCAAGUCGAUGCUCAACCAGUCAUUUCGGAACGCUCAUCUCAAUUGAAUCUUCUUAAACAAUUGGAAGAUUUGCAAUUGUGA